AUGUCUGCCGCUUUCGAGAAGGCCGUCGCCGAUUCCAAGAAGCUCACCUCCAAGCCGAGCAACGAGGAGCUGCUCGACCUCUACGCCCUCUACAAGAUCGCCACCGGCGAGGACAUCAGCAAGGCCCCCGCGCCCGGCAUGUUCGACCUCAAGGGCAAAGCGAAGAAGAACGCUUGGCAGAAGAAGGUCGACGAGGGCAUCUCUGCCGAGAAGGCCCAGGAGGAGUACGUUGCGCUGGUGGAGAAGCUCAAGACCGAGUAUGGCUAUGACGAGAGCAAGGUGCCGGAGGCCGUUGGAGCUUAA